CCGCCGGACAGGCAACGAUGGCGAAGGCUUUCAUGAGUGUGCGGCUUCUGCGCACCAUGUCGCGCCUCCCGCGUCCUGCCCUGUCUGCAGCAGCCUCCUCGUCUCUCCUCUCCUCUGCCUCUCGCCUCCCUGCUGUCCUGUCCCCUUGCUCUCCUCUCUCUUCUCGUCACUCGGUCGGGGCGAGAGCCUACGUGCAAGGCAGCUCUUCCUUGCUUUUCCUGCGACGAGGAUCCCACGUCAUCGCUCCCUCAGCAUUGCGCAAGCUCGUGUCCUCUUCCUCUUCCUCCUCCAGGAAUGGCUCAGGCUGGCAUGACGAGAGUGAAUGGAUCAAGGACAAGCUUCGCGCGUUGCUCCCUUUGCUUCCUCUGGCAGCUGUUGGUACUUACGCUUCGAGCUUGCAUUCUUCAUCAAGAGAGAGCUUGUGUGACGCAUCCGAUUCUCAGCAGCAUGCAGUUGUACAAAAGAGCUCUGAGCUCAAGGAGCGGCUCGAUCUCAUCGUCGAGGAGGUGCAGCGCCUCGUGGUGUGGUUGUGGAAUUUCGCCAUGGGCAUGACGCAAGAGGCUUCGGCUUUCCUGAGGAUGAAGAUGGACGAGCUGAGGCAGAACUUCUUUCCCCAGGUUGAGAGGACUCUCUCUCAGCUCGAUGACUUGAGGAAGUCGGUCAUGGCAUCAGACGCAGUGGCAACGGCCCAGCACUACUUCGACGCUGGGAGGAAGGCUUUCGCCGACAACAUCGGAUGCUUCGGGCGGACUGACAUGCACAAGUCGAUGGCAGCGAUCCUCACGAGAUAUGUUGACGAGCUUGUGGAUGGAUCGAUGAAGGUCGCCGAUCAGAUCAACGGUCUGGUUCAGAAAGGCAUCAACAAUGGAUUGAAUCUUUCCUUUGUCCCCGUCUUAUUCCAUUCCCCCAAGGAGGAGGAGCCGAAGAAGGCAGAAGCGCCGCCUCCGAAGCCAGCAAGCAGCAUACCUCCAGAGAUCGCAACCAAGAUGGCUCAAGAUCAGUCGUACCUCUCCAAGUACGGUCACUGGAUCAUCAUGGCCAGCAUCGUAGGAGGAGUCAUCGGCUUCUUGGUGAGCAGGAGAUUCUUGGAACGCGAGUCAAGCCGCAUAGCAGCCAAGAGUUCUGAGGAGGCGGCGGACGCGAUCCGAGAAGCACUCUACAUCCUCAAGGCGAACUCGGAGGUGAAAGCGUCCCUAGGAGAGUCUCUCAAGGAAGGGCGCAUGAACGUGGUGUCAGGCGGAAAGGUCAGCCUGAACGGGCAGAUCGCUGUCAAGGGAGAGAAGGGGCAUGGAACUCUGACUCUUGAGGCCGCUAAGACUGAGUUCGGAUCAAGUAUUCACUGCACAAAGCUGACAUUGAAGCUUGCGAAUGGAACUGAAAUUCCCAUCCCAUUGGCCAAUGAGGAGAGCAGUUGA